AUGAAAACCCAAUUAGGACUGUUCAGAAAAGGGUCAGCGAAUCUGUGGAUGAGCGUUACUUGUGAUGUUACGAUGGCACAAUAUCCAAAUAAAGUCGAUCAAUUUUCAAAUUUGAACUCCAAUCUAAUCUGCAUCAACUUAAUUCAAUCCAUGGACAGUCAAUUUGUUCUUCGUCGUGCUGAUCUUUCUGAUGCUGAAGCACUAGCUAAACUUUCUGAAAGAACAUAUCGAGAAACAUUUGUCGAAGUUUUUUGUGUUGGUUAUCCUGAAAAAGAUCUCAUUUGUAAUUUUCGUUCAUCAGCUGGUCCAGAGUGGUUCUCUAAGACAAUAGUUGAUUCACAUCAAGCUGUCUGGGUGAUAGAAGAUCAAACAAAUGGUGAACUUGUCGCUUAUGCUGUUGUUGGUCCUGCUCAUAUCAAUGACAUUCCUCGUCCUGAUCUGUGUUCAAAUCUCGAUGGAGCACUGAAUCAUUUGUUUGUUCAACGUAAUUGUCGAUCUCGUGGAUUGGGAAAAAAAUUAAUGAAUGUUAUCUUAGGUUGGUUAGAAGAACAUCAUCCAGGAAGACCGAUAUGGCUCAAUGUGUGGUCAGGAAACGUAAAAGCCCAGAAAUUUUAUACACCUUACGGUUUCAUCACAGUUGGGGAAGCUAAUUUUCCUGUUGGAGAAUGGACAGAUCAUGAUUUUAUUAUGAAACGUCAACCUAAUAAAGUUUAA